CUUCCCUCUUGCCAUGAUUUACUUUCUAUACUCUGAGUUUCUUAUGGCCAAGCCUCCUCAUGUUAUCGAUAUCAAGGUGGAUGCGAAUGAAACGAUAGACAUUCUGCUCUAUCAAGUCUAUAACGAGUUCAAGAUGGAGUUCGAAGGAGCAAGGAUCGGCCUGGCAAGGCUUUCUCUCUAUCCUUUGCCGUCCAAUCCGCCCAUUCAGCUCCCUCCGUUGGAGACGGUGACGGCGGUUCCUGAGCGUGUGGAGAAGUAUCUGCAGUCUCAUUGCCCAACUGAGGCUCUUGUCAUCGACCGCUUGUCAGACUACAUUCACGAAGGGGAGUCCCCGCGGCGCGUACAUUUCGUUCUUGAUAUCAGUGAUGAACCUGUGGCCACCCUUGACAAGGCUGAGCAAACACAACUGAAGGUCAUAGAUGCAGCUUUUGAAGCCCAGGCACCGUCAUCGGUAUCGGCUAAUGUUAGGACGUUCAAAAAGGAGCAGCAGGAACGGCCAAUCUACAAUGGCCGCGACGGUUUCGAUGGUCCACCGAUCACUCUGUACAGCUCCAUUUUUGCGGAGCUCAAGGAAAAUCUGGCCAACCUUUCCGCCGUCACGCCCAACGCGGAAGAAUUGGGUCAAACCGAGGCUAAAGUGAUCCUCGAUGGCUCGGUGUUCGCGGUAACCGAAGGCAACAACCGACCAAUCGUUCUCCUCGAGUGGAAAAACGAGCUUGGGAUCGGCGGCGACCCUUCACUUCAGAUUGCACUCACCUAUCGAAAGUAUAUCGCGCAAAAAAUCUUCACACGCAUUCGCAAUGCAUCCAAUUGUCCUUGCAUCCUAAUCGCAAUCGGCGGCCCUCAUAUCUGCAUCUUGGGUGCUAUCUUUGUCGACAUUGUCAUCGUCCAGCCUUUGACAGGCUACUUGUUGCUCGGCGGUAACCCUCUCAAAAGGGAGGCCGCGGACCAUAUCGCACGCAUCUUCCACGUGGUAGCCAAAGCUGUGGGGAAACUGGACGCCAUGUACAUGAAGCUUAAACCGUCCGAAAUACCUGUACACAACCGUCUACUCCCUUCGCCCACCUACCGCCCAGGCUCAACAUUUGAAGAUCAAGAUGCGCUAUCUCCUCUCAAUCUAAAAUUUGAAAGGAGAUACGAUUACAAAGGCAGACAUCCCCAGGAAUAUCAGCGACCUAUCUUCUUGGGCACGCUGCGUGGUCGAGAUGUCGUGAUCAAGUUCUGCGAAGCAUACGGUGUCCAGGCACACAAGCUGCUGGCUGACCAGGAUCCCCCACUUGCACCGAAACUGCAUCUCGCCGUCAUGGUGCGCGGUGGGCUGACCAUGGUCGUCAUGGAUCGCAUCGAAGGUCAGAACGCGUUCAGUCGCUUCGGGAAAUCUUAUCCUCGAGACUCAGUCUCGCCAUCUGAAGUUGAAGACUUGUCUUUCAACAAGGUGAAGGUAGAUGUGAAGAAAGCCAUAGACCUUCUCCACGCGUCCAACUUGGUCUUCGGGGAUCUGCGCCGCCCGAACAUCAUGGUUGUUCGGAGGCCGGGGACAGGUGACGCAUCCGAAUAUGAUGGCGGGAUGCUGAUCGACUUCGACUGGGCUGGGCCAGUGGGGCAGACGAAGUAUCCCUCAGUAAUCAAUGACUCCGGGGAGAUUGAUUGGGCCGAAGGUGUGAAAGCUGGGGCCCUCAUCGAAAAGCAUCACGAUUUGGUAAUGUACCAGAGGCUAUGA